GCGGGGCGCGGGCUCGGCGCGAGCGGACCGAGCAGGGACCCCGCGCCGCGCGGCGGAGCAGCGUGGCGGGCACGGCCCAGGCCGGCGAGCGGGCGCUCCUGGCGCAUCAGCCGGCCGCAGGGCCUUCCAGCGACAGCCACCGCGGCCCGGGCUGCAGCGGCCAGACGGAUGCCAAGGCCACACGGCAGGCAGGCGCGGGGACAGCCGCCGCAGCCGCCGUCCCACGCGGGCUCCGGACACCUGGGUUGCUGAUGAAGUGAUUGAGAAGAAACUGAACCGCUUCAUUCUGCGGACAGGACAAGAUGGAUCAGCCGUUUACUGUGAAUUCUCUGAAAAAGUUAGCUGCUAUGCCUGACCACACGGAUGUUUCCCUGAGCCCAGAAGAGCGAGUCCGAGCCCUCAGCAAGCUCGGGUGUAACAUUACCAUCACGGAAGACAUCACUCCACGCCGUUAUUUUAGAUCUGGAGUGGAGAUGGAGAGGAUGGCGUCAGUGUAUUUGGAAGAAGGAAAUUUGGAAAAUGCCUUCGUCCUUUAUAAUAAAUUUAUAACCUUGUUUGUAGAAAAGCUUCCCAGCCAUCGAGAUUACCAGCAAUGUGCAGUCCCAGAAAAACAGGAUAUUAUGAAGAAACUGAAGGAGAUUGCAUUCCCAAGGACAGAUGAAUUGAAAAAGGACCUUUUAAAGAAAUAUAACGUAGAAUACCAAGAAUAUUUGCAAAGCAAAAACAAAUACAAGGCGGAAAUUCUGAAACAACGGGAGCAUCAGAGCCUGAUCGAGGCCGAGAGGAAGCGGGUGGCUCGGAUGCGCCAGCAGCAGCUGGAGUCGGAGCAGUUCCUGUUUUUCGAAGACCAGCUCAAGAAGCAAGAACUAGCGCGGGGUCAGAUGCGAAGCCAGGAAAGCCGGGCGCUGUCGGAGCAGAUUGACGGGAGCGCUGUGUCCUGCUUGCCCGCGCCGAGGAACAGCGCGCUGCUGAACGUGCUCGCAGACCAGCCUCCGAGGAGCGAGGCGGCCCGGGAUGCCGGCCACUCUCCUCCCGUGAACAGGGCUCUGAAGCCCGCGGCCGCUCUGAGCGCGGUGCAGAAUCUAGUGGUCGAAGGACUGCGGUGUGUAGUUUUACCAAGAGACCUUUGCCACAGAUUUCUGCUGCUCGCAGAAUCUAAUACAGUGAGAGGAAUAGAAACCUGCGGGAUACUCUGUGGAAAACUGACGCAUAAUGAAUUUACUAUCACCCAUGUGAUCGUGCCAAAGCAGUCAGCGGGGCCGGACUACUGUGACGUGGAGAACGUGGAGGAGUUAUUUGGUGUGCAGGACCAACAUGGCCUCCUUACGCUGGGAUGGAUCCACGUACGUACACAUCCGACCCAAACUGCGUUCUUGUCCAGUGUUGAUCUCCACACGCACUGUUCCUAUCAGCUCAUGCUGCCGGAGGCGAUCGCCAUUGUUUGUUCACCAAAGCAUAAAGACACCGGCAUUUUCCGGCUCACCAAUGCCGGCAUGCUCGAGGUUUCUGCUUGUAAAAAGAAGGGCUUUCAUCCGCACACCAAGGACCCCAGGCUGUUCAGUAUAUGCAAACAUGUGUUGGUAAAAGACAUAAAAAUAACCACACUGGACCUGAGGUGAUGUGUUCUGAAGACGAGCGCCGUCGACACGACACGUACCCGUGGACGUGCGGUAGCCGGAUUUUCUUAACACGUUUCCUGAAGUGACUGAUAUUUUAUAUUUAUACAUUUUAGAUCAGAAAGUUUGAUAUUUAUUGUUCUUGCCCACUUUGAAGUUUUCUUUUUGGGUUGCUCUGUCUCCGGAGAGGUCACCGUUGUGUUACGUCAAUAGUGUGAAUCCCCCAGAUACAACAACCACACAAUAAAUAAUGCUGCAAACAACGGUA